AUACUUGAAGGGUGUAUGUGCAAUUUACCAGAGACAACCAAACCCCCCAUAACGCAUUCUGUCUCCGCCUCAGAUUUCUCGCCGGAGACCAAUUACAUGACUAGUAGUUCUUCUUCUUCUUCUUCUUCUUCUUCGUCGCGGCAACAUCAUAGAGGAGGCGGCGAGAAAGUGAAAGAGGAGAGACCUCGGUCGUUCGACUCCAAGGCCAAAAACAUGUGCUGGACCAAUGCCCAGAUCGUCCCAGGUCGACACCCUGAGAGGUGGCGCAAGGACGCCGCCGGCAACAUUGUCUGCAAGCGCUUCUUCAACUGCCUCGGCUGCCUCUGCUUCGAGUACGAUCACAUCAUCCCUUACUCCAAAGGAGGUGAAUCUGUUGCAGAGAACUGUCAGAUUCUGCAAAGCAGGGUAAACAGGUUCAAAUCAGAUAAAGAUGGGGUGGACACCACUGAAUUGAAAGGCUACUCUUGUGAUAUCAAGUUCACUGAUAAAGAGCUUGACAUAGUUGAGAUGGCUGUUUAUGGGGAUGUAAUCCGGCCAGGAAAUCAAUGUCGUUGCAGAACUGUUGCAGAAAUGCUUGGCAAACACAAGUCCAAAGACCGCAUGGCUGCUUGCAAGUUGCCUCAGAGUGGUGAAUCGUCGUAGCAGGCAAGGAUUUUUUAAAACUCAAUUGCACGACUAUUGAGAAGAAACUAACCAUAUUUGGCAAUCAAAUUUGUAAUUUUCCAUUCAUGAUUGAUAUGCUUUGAUUGAUCUAUCCGACCCAUUUGCCGGAAUGGCUGGGUAUGAAAAUUCUGUAGCAGUUGUUUUUCUCUGCAUUGUUAGAAAUGUCACUAAUCAUGUCACUAAUCAUUGAUUUAAUGCAUAAAUUGCACUGUAAUGAACCUUAACUGUUUCCUUGGAAAAGUUUACUGUAUUUGUCAGAAUUUCUUUAGAUCCAACCCCCGAAAGUGUA